AUGUUUACAUUCAUCCCAAUCGAAACCAACCACGACAACCUGAUCUUUCGGAUCCCAUUCAACAACAGUGAAAAUUAUCAUCGUUAUCCAACAACUAGCAUAUAUUGUCACCCGCAUGCCUACUUUAAUCAUGCUCCAACACGUCGACAUGAAACUUAUUAUGAUGCAAAUAAUCUAGAAAAUAUAGUUUCGGAAUUAAAGCAUCUAGAACGAAAAAGAGCUGAAGAAAAGGCGCUCUAUGAGAAACGCCAACGUAUUUAUGCCGAACGUGAAAGAGAGAUACGCCAACGAGCUUAUCGACAGUGGGUUCUUAAUCAACAAGCAAAACAAGAAGCCUUAAGGCACAUUUUUGAGUUGAGAGCAGCUGCUGCAACACUAAAUAAGAAUCAAGAUAUUUAUAAUCAUUCGUGCUCUAAUCUUUGCCGAAAAUCACAAUCAAGCAAACAAAGAAUUUCAAAGCAAGAGGCAGCGAAGAGAAUCAUUUUCUUCAUGCGUCAUCGCCUAGAAAAACGAUCCACCCUCCUUAUAAUCAACAAGCUAAAACAUCUUCGAUUCAUUGAGCAGCAUUUGGUAUCACUCUUCCCAAAAUCUGGAUUCAACCCAAAUUUGACGUUCACAACUGAGAAUGCCAAGCAAAUAUUACCAAUCACUGCAAAUAAUCGUGCGUAUCUUAUCAAGGAAGAAUCUAUUCUUAAAACUUUGGAUGCAUUGGAUCGUGUUGAAAGCAACGGAAUCGAAAUUAUUCGUGAAAGAAGAAAACAAGUUGUUAGAAUUGCACAGAAAAUGUUAGAAGUGUUGGAUAAUAUCAAGGAUAAACAAUGGAAAGAAUUCAGUAAACAUGAGCAAGAAGAAUGUGGAAAAGUGGAAACUGAUAAUAUGGAGAAAGAAAAUAAACAAGAAAAAUUUGGAAAAAACGUGAGUGGAUUGGAAGAAAAUGAUAAUUUAAUUAAAUCCACACCAUCUUUUUCCGAAAACACUGAUACUACAUCUAAUAUAAACGAUAAUAUCGAUAACAGAAUAGCAAUAAAAAACGAAGAUAGCGUAGAGACAACUAUCCCCGAAAAUAAAAACAUCAUUCCUGCGGAAUCUGUUGCAGCAAAAGUGAUCAAUGAAAUUAAUGAAAAUAGUAUUGAACUAGAAAAAGAUGAUGAAUUUAUAGUUCUAUAA